AUGUCUACACUUGCCCGUUCUUCCUGGGGAUCAGACUCUGAACUUGCAUACGCAUCGCCAAUCCUUAUCGAGGCCAAAGGCGCAGAUCAGCGAAGCAUCAAACGGCAAAACGGCAAGAAGCAUCGCCGAAGGUCCAUGUAUAUACACGACGAGGAAGGAAAGAUUGACACUGACGGCCGCAAGCGACGCAGCGUAUGUGGAAGUGGAAGUGACCUCAAUCCUCUUGCGACCAAGGGUGAUUUAUGA